AUGUUGCCGUAUCAGGUGGCCAUGGAUUAUGGGGGCUUUCAACGACAAAGCCCGGUCGGGGUCGGUGUCGGUGUCGGCGUCGAUGUCGGCGGACCCCAUCAGGGGGCCGCUGGGGCGCUCAACAUCAACCCCGCGUUCACGCACUCCUGGUUCGUACCGGCGGACCUCUGUGUCCCGUACAAACAGAGUCAGGGUCCUCUCCUCGAGCCAGGUAUCCUCGAGCUGCGCAAAGAGAAGAGCCGAGACGCUGCCAGGUCCCGGAGAGGGAAGGAGAACUUCGAGUUCUACGAGUUAGCGAAAAUGCUGCCAUUACCGGCGGCUAUUACCUCUCAGUUGGACAAAGCCUCCAUAAUAAGGCUAACCAUCUCGUUCCUCAAACUUCGGGAGUUCUCGAGUCACGGAGACCCGCCAUGGAAUCGGGAUGGGCCGCCGCCAAAUAAAUCUGUCAAAGGUGCAAACCGAGUGAGGUCUUCAGCAUCCGCAGCCGUGGACCACUUCGAAGUGCAUCAAGGCACCCAUAUCCUUCAAUCGCUGGACGGCUUCGCGAUGGCGGUCGCCGCUGAUGGACGGUUCCUGUACAUAUCCGAGACCGUCUCGAUUUACCUUGGACUCUCACAGGUAGAGAUGACGGGAUCAAGCGUUUUCGAUUACGUUCAUCAGCAAGACCACGCGGAAGUCGCCGAGCAGUUAGGCCUCGGUUUGACCUCGACCACUUCUUCCGGUCCACACUCGUCAAGCUCUGGAUUGGCGUCGCCCAGCAGCGCUGCCUCUGAAGAACAUGGUUCGUCUUCCACUGCGAACCCCGACGUGUCCUCGGUAAUGUCCUUGUCGGCGACUGGUCUCUAUAAGGGAUACGACCGAGCGUUCUGCGUCCGGAUGAAAUCCACGUUAACAAAAAGAGGGUGCCAUUUUAAAUCGUCUGGUUAUAGGGUCGUACUGUUACUGUGCCGUUUGAGACCGCAGUAUACGUUUAGCCAUACAAGAAAGUCCGCGCCGCCAUUGAUGGGCAUGGUUGGAUUGGCAAUCGCACUUCCUCCGCCAAGUGUGCACGAAAUUCGCCUUGAAACCGACAUGUUCGUCACCCGGAUUAACUUCGAUUUUCGGAUAGCACACUGCGAACCAAAGGUAUCCGAAUUAUUAGACUAUACCGCUGACGAAUUAACGGGGAAAAAUCUUUAUACGCUGUGCCAUGGGGAGGAUGCGAACCGUCUUCGGAAGUCUCACAUCGACUUGAUUCACAAAGGGCAGGUGUUAACGCAUUAUUAUAGGCUGAUGAACAAGAGCGGAGGAUUCACCUGGCUGCAGACGUGCGCGACUGUUGUGUGCAAUUCGAAAAACGCUGAGGAGCAAAAUAUCAUCUGUGUCAAUUAUGUCAUAAGUGGUCGUGAAUAUGAGAAUUUAAUCAUGGACUGUUGCCAAUUGGAAGACGGCGUGAUGGGUGUCAAGCGCGAGGACGCCGCUGGAAACGAUCCAGAGAAUGGAUCGCCCGAUGCCGACAGAGGAGAAGGUAGGAGUCGUGGAGGACCACCAAAUCAGCACCCAGAACACUCGUCGCACAGAUCUCCGCCCGAGGACCGAGACGACACCCGCGGCUCCGAAAGCGAGAAACGGGGUAGCAGACACCACGACAACCUCGCACAAUUGCAACAAGACCCCCAAACUACCGUAGGAAACAUCAGUACUCUUGUAGUAAAAUUACGCGGUCACAAACGAAAGCUGCAGGAGGAAGACAGCAGCUCGAACGAAGAAGAAGACGACGAGGAGGACACAACGGCAAAGGUGACGGGCAACGAAAGGAACCACGCCCUAAGUCCAGCCCCCUCGAACCACUCCAUCUCGGGAGGUGACCAGGCACUCUGUGCGCCCAGUCCGAAGUCGAGACGCGUGGACGACAGAACGACCAACGCGGACACAACCGGCACCUCGGUGAAGGAUCUCGAACAAGCGAUGUCCAAGCAUCUUCCGGUCGCGAACCUGAACAAAUCCCAUUCACCAACUCUCCAUCAGCCCACGGACUUCAGUACCGACGCGUUGCUGAAGCAGCAGCAACAGAGAAGCACGAUACAGUGGAUCGGCGCACAUCAUCAUUUAGGACACCUGAGUCCCCAACAGUCGAGCACCGCUCCGUUGCCAGCUUCGGCUCUUCUGCGACAAUUGUACGCGAACAGGGAGAGCGUGAUACGAGCGAACGUCCAUGGAAUUACCUCCAGCGGCAGCACGCGUACCCCAUCGUCCGGUGGGACCUACUACGCCGGGGAAGCCACACCCAGUGGACCGUUACCUACUCCACCGGGUUCAGAAGGAUCCAGCACCUACGGCGAACAUCAGUUUGUCCUGGCCACGCAUAACCAGAAAGGUCCAGCCGGCACGAGUUGCGCCGACGCCUUCACCAGCCUGGUCUCCUCCUACUCCACCGCGGGCGGUUACGCGGUCGACUAUCAUUCCGCAAUGACACCCCCGUCAUCCGUCUCGCCGCGGGAUAAGCAGCAACAGCAGCAACAACAACAGCAACUACAUCCCGUGAACGUAAUCAGCAAUUACGAGAGCUCGUCCGCUUACACAGACCCGGUGCUACGCCAUCAGUACGAACCGGCGCAACCGUUGCCUGUGAAACCACAAGUGUAUUCAGCCGCUGUUCAUCCAAGCGCGUUGGACGCCGCGGCGGCGUACGCAUCCGCCGGACUGGCCGAGCAGACGCAGUUCUAUCAUCAUCCAGCGGCCGGGGCCGGUUUUCACAUCUAUCAUCCGACUAACAAAUCGACGACGAACGGCUGGUACAGUUCGACAUCCUAGUGGCGUGGUCCCGUGCGCGACACUCGUGUACUUAAGUAACUGAAAUC